CGUGGGCUGCUGCUGUAGUCAAGAUGGCUGUGCACCUGAGACGGGGCGAAGAGCCUGCACAAGCACAAGGCCGCCGCGAAUGAAGUUUUUAACCGUAAACCCGUCGCGGAUCAUCCAAGCCCCCCGCUCUCCUGGAGUUUACCCGAACAGCGACCGAUACGUGCACACGCAGCAACGGAGUCCUCCCCCCCCCCCAAAAAACAACACCAGAGGAUAAAGUCGUAUGAAUUCCGACGAGAAGGAGGACUGUGAGUGUGCGCCACCACAGGCCCAGCUUAGCCCUGCGAGAGGAGACGCAAGAGAAAACGAGGAGUCUGAAAACGAAAACCCAGAAGCAAGCCGAAUGAAGCGAGCAGCCGCCAAGCACCUCAUAGAGCGCUACUACCACCAGUUAACAGAGGGCUGUGGGAAUGAGUCGUGCUCCAACUCGUGGUGCGCGUCCUCGCUGGGGUUCAGUCGCAUGGACAACAACGCGGCGGCCGUCAAAGCUCUGGAGCUUUACAAAGUCAACGCCAAACUCUGUGACCCCCACCCAUCUAAGAAGGGCACCGCGUCCACCUACCUGGAGACGCACGGCAACCAGGACGGCAACAGCAAGAUGAACAACAAGGACAACCACUCGGUCAGGGACAAUUUCAAAGAGAUCACAUACCUGACUGAGGAGAAAGUCUAUGAGAUCCUGGACAUCUGCGGAGAGAAGGAGGACUACUCUCCUCUUAUCCGAGUCAUCGGCCGGGUCUUCUCCAGCGCUGAGGGGCUGGUGCAGAGCUUCCGCCGCUCCAAACCCCACACCAAGGAGGAGCUCAAGUCCCUCCAAGGCAAGGACGAGGACAAGGACGAAGACGAGAAGGAGGCGGCUGCGGCGUGCUCUGCGGUGGCCAUGGAGGAAGACUCUCCCUCUGCCUCCUCCUCCUCUUCAUCACGUCUCGGGGAUGGAGAGGCACAGAAGCUGGGUCCGGACGAGGUCUCUGUGGACAUCGAGGCGGUGCGGCGGGUGUACGAGCGCCUGCUGUCCAAUGAGAAGAUCGAGGCCGCCUUCCUCAACGCACUGGUCUACCUCUCGCCCAACGUGGAGUGCGACCUGACCUACCACAACGUCUACUCCCGAGACCCCAACUACCUGAACUUGUUUGUAAUAGUCAUGGAGAACAGCAACCUCCACAGCCCAGAGUACCUGGAGAUCGCCUUGCCACAGUUCUGCAAAGCUAUGAGCAAACUCCCACUAGCGGCGCAGGCCAAGCUAGCGCGCCUCUGGUCCCACUACACGGCCGAGCAGAUCCGGCGCAUGGUGGAGACCUUUCAGCAGCUCAUCACUUACAAAGUCAUCAGCAACGAGUUCAACAGUCGCAACCUGGUGAACGACGACGACGCUGUGGUGGCAGCGACCAAGUGCUUGAAGAUGGUGUACUAUGCAAAUGUGCUGGGUGGAGAUCUGGACGUGGAACAUAACGAGGAAGAGGACGAAGAGCCUAUCCCAGAGUCGAGUGAGCUGACCUUACAAGAGCUGCUAGGGGAAGAGAGAAGGAACAAGAAGGGCCCUAGGGUUGACCCGCUGGAAACAGAGCUAGGCAUCCGCACCAACGACUGCAGGCGGCCGCUAGUGCCCUUUGAAGAGUUCAUCAACGAGCCCUUGAACGAAGUGCUGGAGAUGGACAAGGACUAUACUUUCUUUAAGGUGGAAACGGAGAACAAAUUCUCCUUCAUGACAUGCCCCUUCAUCCUCAACGCUGUUACCAAGAACCUGGGCCUGUACUACGACAACCGGAUCCGCAUGUACAGUGAGAGGCGGAUCACUGUACUGUACAGUCUGGUGCAGGGUCAGCAGCUCAACCCGUACCUGCGACUCAAAGUGCGCAGAGACCACAUCAUCGACGACGCUCUGGUCCGGUUGGAGAUGAUCGCCAUGGAGAAUCCUGCAGACUUGAAGAAGCAGCUCUACGUAGAGUUUGAAGGAGAACAAGGCGUAGAUGAAGGAGGCGUCUCCAAAGAGUUCUUUCAGCUGGUGGUGGAGGAGAUCUUCAACCCAGACAUCGGCAUGUUCACGUACGAGGAGCGCACGCGGCUCUUCUGGUUCAACUCAUCGUCUUUCGAGAAUGAGGGCCAGUACACUCUGAUUGGCAUUGUGCUGGGCCUGGCCAUUUACAAUAACUGCAUCCUAGACGUGCACUUCCCUAUGGUGGUCUACAGGAAGCUCAUGGGCAAGAAAGGCACCUUCAGGGACCUGGCCGACGCAAAUCCGGUUUUGCACCAGAGUCUGAAGGAGCUGCUGGAGUACGAGGGCAGUGUGGAGGACGAUAUGAUGAUCACCUUUCAGAUCUCUCAGACGGAUCUGUUUGGGAACGCCCUCAUGUACAACCUAAGGGAAAACGGGGACAAGAUCCCUGUAACCAAUGACAACAGAAAGGAGUUUGUGUCCCAGUACGCAGACUAUAUACUGAACAAAAGUGUAGAGAAACAGUUCAAAGCCUUCAGGAGAGGUUUCCAUAUGGUCACCAACGAAUCACCGCUCAAGUACUUAUUCAGACCGGAGGAGAUCGAGCUGCUCAUCUGUGGGAGCCGGAACCUCGACUUUCUAGCACUUGAAGAAACGACAGAAUACGAUGGCGGUUAUAAUAGAGAUUCAAGGAUUAUUAAGGAGUUCUGGGAGACGCUGCACUCGUUUGGAGAGGAGCAGAAGCGCCUGUUCCUCCAGUUCACCACUGGCACAGACAGAGCCCCUGUGGGAGGCCUGGGCAAACUCAAGAUGAUCAUCGCCAAGAACGGCCCAGACACAGACAGGUUACCCACGUCCCACACCUGCUUCAACGUGCUCCUGCUGCCCGAGUACAGCAGCAAAGAGAAGCUGAGGGAGAGACUGCUGAAAGCCAUUACCUAUGCCAAAGGGUUUGGUAUGCUCUGAGCCCCGCCCCCACCCCGCCCCUCCAACUCCACCCGCCCCGCCCACAACAUGAGAACCUCUGGCCCCGCCCUCAGCCCUUUACCAGCCACAGAGCGACCAAUGGGAGUGCAGCAGAAGGAGCGGUCGUACGGCGCCUGUCCCCCUCAGCGGUGUGAAGCACAGAUCCAAGGCGCGCUCCCACACUCUGAAUGUGCCCGCGCCGCUCUGUACAGCGUCAUUACAGGAUUAUUUAUUAGCCAUGUUUCUGUCUCUGUUCGGGUACACUGUGGAGAGAGUGGAGUGUCCAUUUGAGCACGCAGUACCAUCUCACUACGUAGCCCCUUCUACGGUGGCCAGGAGGUGCCAGAAAAUACGCCCUAGUAGCUAUUGGUGUGCCAUCGAAACAAAUAAUAAUGUAGGAAAUGUGAAUCUCAGAGCUACGCUAAAAUUGUCUGCCCACACACAACAAAAGUGCAACUUUGCUUUUUAUUUUAUUAGAACUGGUCAAAAUUAGCUGUAUUACUCCAAACUGAAGCCAAAAGGCAGGUUUUCCUUAAAUACCGUAAGAGUUUAACCCUUGGACGCCCUUUUCAAACUUAUUAGGUUUUGAAAAGCUUUUUUAUAGAGGCAAAGCAUAAUUUUUGUCACAUUGACAACCAUAACCUGGGCAGAGAAGCUGUUUGUUUCAAUACAGUUAUUGCAAUGAGUGAUUUGGGAGAAGUGAUGCAGUUGGACUGUUUAAUGGGCAUUUAAUUUUAGACCCUUAAAAUCAUCAAGCAAUUAAAACUAUAAUUGUCUAAAUACAUAUGCUCACUGCUCAUUUUUUGUUCAGUUUUGUUUCUGUAAGUUAAAGCUGCACUAUAACUUUUCUAGUUGAGCGUCUACCACCUGCUUGUCCCUAUGAAAAGGUUAUUGCUUUGCCUGGAAUGCUCCACAGUAUAGCAUUAAAUGUCAUUUAUAUUUAUUCAAUUCCAGGUCUUUUCUAGUGCUUAAAAUGCCUUGAAUUCCUACUGUAAGCAGGCUCUCCUCUCCACAGAUCUGUAACUUGGCCUGGUGUCAUAACCUGCUUGUCUCCAUGGAGAUACAUUUUAAUGCAGUACUAUUACUAGUCCCAGGCAAAGCUUUGACAUCUCCACGGAGACGAGCAGGAGGCCGACACUCCUCCAGAAAAGUCCCUUGGUGCAGCUUUAAGUGAGUGUGUCUAAAGUAAAUUUUUGAAGCACUUCUUGGCCACGGUAGACCUUGAGUUGUUUAGAAUCUUUUGUUUACCAUUUUGCACCAUUUCUUUGUUUUUAGUGAACGCGAGUCAGUUCUUGAACGGCUGUCUUUGUGUCGGGGGAGGAGACUCAAUCUGAGCUGUGUAAAGUGCACUUAGACAUUUCUUUCCGAAUGUUUUUUGGUCACAGGUUGCCGCGAUUGUCGCAAAGCAUUUGAUGUCUUCCUGUGUUCUUCUGGAUUAAAGACCAGUAUUGCUGUUUGACGGAACAACCAAACUAUAAUCGACCCGUGUGGUUUGUGUGUAGACAGUUCUCCAAGUGCCAACCACUAGAAUGAGGAGGUCCAUUUUGAGGAACAGGUAGUAAUAAUGGUCAUUCCAGUUUGGAGAAGCAGAUGGGAGCCAGAUUUUGUGAUUAAUAUGGUAACAAAAUACUCCAUUAAACACAUACGAAUUUGGGUUUACGAAAAAGAGUCAAAAAGCAACGCGUUUUUUUGUAUGGCAACAAAUUGUGCCAUAAAUUACACUUUUAUGACAACAGUUGUGUAUCAAAAAUCUGUUAAAUGUUUGUUUUAAAUCAACUUUUGGCUGUUUGUUUUUUUCUCAAAACUCAAUUACUGCUUAGAAAUUUGGAGUGGUUGGUGAGUUUAAAAAUUACAAGCUAAUCCGUGUUUUGGUUGUGAACUGUCCUCAAACUUCUCAAGUGUGUAACGCCUUGAUUGGUGAAUGACUACAGUUAGCGAUUUACUGUAAUUCAAAUGUGGCUUAGUCCUAGAGUUGCAGCUAGUUGUACAAUGUGCUGUAAAAAUACAAUUUUACGGUGUAUCCAUUUUACAGGUUCUGGGAGUAACAUGACACCGAAAAUAUUAAGUCCACCUGUUCUUAUUCUAACUACAACAAUCUAAUCAUAUUUAUCAAGUUGAUUUUUUUUUUUCUGCAAAUGAAUUACAAUCUUUACCAGCCAUUUUUUUUAGUUUUGGCAUGAUUUUACAUUUUUAAAAUAAAUGAAUUACAUUUUUGUCAUGCUUGGUUAGUUUGACAUGAAUAACAAUAGAACAGGUGCACCUAAUACUUUUUUUGAGCGAAAAGGGGUUCCAACCAUGCCACUAAUUCACACCACAAAUCCCUGAGCCAUUCUUUCUGUAUCAAUGCACUUAUUUUUGUCAUGAUUUGUUUUUCUGUUCGGCUGGGGUUACGUUUUGUCAUUAUUUGUCGGGUUGCUUAUUUAAACCUUUUGAUUUGAGAUAGCACAGAUUGCGCUCGGACACUGGAUCGUACACAAUGGCGCCAGUAGUGCGUUGCGUUUGUAAGCGGGGUUUGGCAUGUGGCUGCAUACUCCAUAACUCCCACAAAGCCAGGUUCAUAGUUUCCACGGUUUUCUUUUGCAUUACGUCGUACCUCGGUUCUAAUUAUUUUCGGACGCUCGAGAUGCUGCACACACCUCGGACAUGUGAAAGGACUCUAGAGCCUAGUGAAGGUCAAAGAUCAACCUGGCAAAGGGAAGCAGUUGAUUGGUUGGUUUGACUUCUUGAACAGUGAUGGACGGCGCUAAGUAUUCAAUGUUGUGAAAACAUGCUCAAUAAAGAUGACUGCUUUUUCCAA